UUUUGUUUGGCUUCAGCAAUGUGAAAACAGAUUUACUUUUCAUAAAAUUGAAUGCACAAAUUCCACCUGGACUCCUUUGGAUUACAUCAGCUCUGGUCCUCCUCUGUCUGAAUCCUAAGUUGUAACAUAUCACAGAUCUGAAAGUGGAACUAUUUAAUCAUAUCACCCACAUUUUCCCUGAGAAGAAACCAUUGUUCACUGUUAGCAAACAUUAUCAACAUACAAAGCAGGCUAGAGUUUCCUUUCUGUCACUCUCUGGUUGCUUACCCAGCUAACGUCCAUAUUUUUUAUCUUGUAAAUAGCUGAAUCACGGCUUGUUCUCUCCCAGUGGUGUUGCUUUAUUGGGGAAAAAGUAACUGUCUCUAUGGAAACUGGGGUAAUGGCCGAGUAAUCAGGCAUGUGUUGAUGAGUUGUGUCUGUGUGUUUGCACGAGAGCGUGGUCACAUGUUUGUGUUUCUGUCUUGGCGAGGGAGUAACCUCAGACAGACGCGUCAGACUGUGGAAAAAUGGUCCUGCGGCUCCAGAUGAAGCUAUUUUAGUUUGAAAAAUACAAUAAGACACACAAAUGUCUGUAUUAUUUAUAUGAGUGUUGUUUUUUAUUGUUUCUAUGGAUACACCACACUUUUACUUUCCUGACAGGUUGCCAAAAUCUUUCUUAUGAUUAUUUUGGUUACUAGCAUAUUGCUGCUAGUUUGAAUGGGUGUGAUGGGCUUGCUCUCGGAGCUAUUGUAAAACUUUUAAAAGUGACAUGCAAACCGGAAAUGGAGAAAGUUUGCCUUCAGCAUAAAAGUUCUACCAUAGUGCUGCAGUUUCAAAAAGCACAUAUUUUACUUUGAAGUUGAACCUUCCCUAUUUCCACUUAGCGUCACUUUUACACAUUUUACAACUACACAGCUAAUACCAGUAAUAGACGACCAGUACACAAACUGGCCAGUGUUAUGUUUUUCAGGGGAGUUUUCUGGCUUUAUUGUGAAGCACUCUGUGAUUUUUAUCUGUGAAACAUGCUUUAUAAAUCAGAGGCAGACAAAUUUUAAACUAUGUCCGCAUGAUGUCACAUGAGAACCCUCAAUAAACUGCUUUAAUUGUAUCUAUUUUUAUAUGAUUUUCUGAAUUCUAUUGAUGAUUUUAUUCUACAUUAACAAUAAAAAAUGAAAGACAUUUUCAUAUUUGCAACUCUACACAAAAUCAUAACCAACUCUUCCUUCUCCAGGUCUGUUUCACAACUUUUAGCUUGUUUUGGUUUAAUGCCAGCGUUGCUACAUAGUACAGCGCAUUCAGCCACAGGUCUAAUUCUUGCUCUCAGUGGCUUGACACCAAAGCAAUGUUAAAGGGCAGACAUUCUAAGAAAGGGACAUGAUGUUGAAAGACUUCUGAACGGAAAGGAAACCGAUAGGAGGAGAGAAGAUGAUUGAAAUGUCACGGAUGGAAAAGUAAAAUUUUCAAAGCCUCCUCUCAUCCUGGUGUCUUUGGACGGUUUCCGGGCAGCGUAUCUGAAAGAACAUGCGAGUCACAUGCCUGUUAUCAGCAAGUUACGAAAUAAUGGAACUACAACACCAUACCUGAGGCCUGUUUAUCCCACAAAGACCUUUCCCAACCACUACACCAUUGUGACUGGUCUUUAUCCCGAGUCUCAUGGGAUUGUGGACAACAAGAUGUACGAUGUGAAACAAAAUGCUUUCUUCAGCUUGAAAACGGAUGAGAAAUUGAACCCCCAGUGGUAUCAAGGAGAACCAGUCUGGCUCACGGCCAUCUAUCAGAAGCUGAAAUCAGCAACUUUCUUCUGGCCAGGCUCUGAUGUAGCCAUCAAUGGCACCCUCCCAAGUUUUUACAAGAUGUAUGACAAGUCUGUUGCAUUUGAGAAGAGAGUGUCAACACUGCUUGACUGGCUCAAUUUACCUGAGGGAGAAAGACCUGACUUCUACACUUUAUACCUGGAUGAACCUGAUUCAACAGGACAUUACUAUGGGCCAGAAAGUACGCAGAUCGUUCCGGCCUUGCAAAGGGUGGACAGGAUUCUGGGCAUGCUGAUGGAUGGCCUAAAAGCAAAAAACCUGCACAAUUGUGUCAACAUAAUAGUCGCAUCUGACCACGGCAUGGAAAGUGCUUCAUGUGAAAGGGCAUCAUAUGUGUCAGAUUUCCAGAAAGACACCUCUGGUUUCACUGUAAUCCAAGGCCCAGCUGCUCGCAUCAGACCAAGUCGCCUCCCACAGGAUUACUCUUCCUUUGACUAUGAGGGCCUGGUGAAGAACUUGUCGUGCAGGACCGUUGACCAGCCAAUGAGGCCGUACCUCAAAGAAAACCUUCCCAAAAGAAUGCACUUCGCUAAAAACAUCCGCAUAGAGAGGGGUCACCUCUACAUGAAGUCAGGCUGGCAAGCAGCACUUAAACGCAGUGAUAUCAAGUAUUGCACUGGCGGAUUCCACGGCUCUGAUAACCUCUUCACCAACAUGCAGGCAAUCUUCAUUGGCUACGGUCCAGCAUUUAAACACAGCACAGUUGUGCCAACUUUUGAGAACAUUGAAUUAUAUAACCUCAUGUGUGAUCUUCUUGGCAUUCGUCCUUCUCCAAACAACGGGACCCACGGUAGUCUGAACCACCUCCUGAAGCACCCCGUCCAUAAUCCAGUUCUCCCAGCACAGCUCUCCCACGACAUCCUCUGUAACUCUAAUGUGCUCUUCCCCUCUGACAACCUGCAGUGCACUUGUGAAUCCCAAACCACAGAAAUGGUGGAACAAAUGAACGGAAAUCUCUUGGCAUUGAGCUCAAGUGAGAAAUCCAGCUUGCGUCGCCUCCACGAACCUUUUGGCAUCCCUCGAGUCAUCCAAUCAGGUGCCACAUUUUGUCUGCUGCACCACUUAAACUACCUCAGCGGAUACAGCAAAGACCGGCUCAUGCCCCUCUGGGUAUCCUAUACCAUUCAGCCUCUGACCAGAGUGCAACCUCUGAGCCCAGAGUUGGAGGCGUGUGUCCGUGCUGACGUACGCAUCCCAGCAAACAACAGCCAGCAGUGUCUGCGCUACAAAGACAACUCUGAUCUUGCCUAUGGCCUGCUGCAUCCCCCCAAUCUGAGUGCCAAUGUUUCAGACUCUCUAAUCACGAGCAACAUGGCACCGAUGUUCCCUGCAUUUAAAGCCGUUUGGACGCAUUUCCAUGACGUCUUCCUCCCAAAAUAUUCACAGCAGCUGAACGGAGUCAACGUCAUGAGCGGGCCAAUAUUCGAUAAAGACUAUGAUGGACACGUCGAUGAAUUAAAAAAGAUAUCAGGGAACGAGGCUCCCAUCCCGACACAUUUCUUUGUGAUCCUGACCAGCUGCGGGGAUUCGACCUUUGGCCCUCUGAACUGUGCAGGUCCACUCCAGGCCAGGUCCUUCAUCAUGCCCCACAGGCCCGACCACACAGAGAGCUGCGCUAAUGGGACGGACUUGACGUGGGUGGAAGACUGGCUGAAGCUCCACACCGCUCGAGUGCGAGACAUCGAGCUCCUUACCGGACUCAGCUUCUACCACGACAGGUUAUCAGUGGAAGAGACACUGCGGAUGAAGACAUUUCUACACACUUAUUAAACUCACAGACUUUAUCGAGUGAAGCUUUAACUGGCAGAGGAAGCCAUAUUGGUGUGCAGAUGUCUGCCCACAUGGACAAACGGUUAACCCGAUAACUGUGGGUUUAACAGAUGCUUUACUUAUAGACUUCCCUCAUUCAUUCUGAACUCAUUCUUAAGCUCCAUCCAUUAUUUGAAGUGACAUUUUUAAAAGACAUUUUUAUUAAUUUUGAUUGUGUACAAAAAAAAUAAAUAAGUAAAUAAUGAAUGGAGCUUAAAGACACCAUCACAUCUAAUAAAAUGAUUCCAAAGUAUUUCCGGGUUCCCAUUUCCAGAUUGGAAAACUGGAAUAAAACUAAACGGAAAAGAGAGUUUUUAUUGAUGGAAGAACUGUUUAUGUUGAGUGAAGCUUGCCACACAUCAGGGGAGCUGUCUGCAGCAGCUGGAAAAACAUCUAGCAUGAAUAUGUUUUGCCCUUCUUUUUUGUAUGUGUUUCUUUUCUUUUUACACCCAUUGGUAUUUUUUGUAAAAUGAAUGAAUUAUUCAGCUUUUAAAUGUGCGCCUAUGCUGUAUGCUUGGAAGGAUUACUGUAUGAGACACGUUUGAGCCAGUCUGGGCUCAGACACGUAAAAGCCUUUUCUUUCUCCAACACAGAGAGACAUAAAGCAACUGCAAAGAACACUGAAAGCAAAGUUUACAUUUAGCAAGGAUCCCUGGUGUUUUAUACUAAAAUAGCUGCUAAAUAUAUCAUAGGUCAUGUGAACUGUGUAGUGUGCGGUCUUGUGGUUAACACAUUCGCAUAGUCACAAGCUAGCACCGGUCCCAAGCCCAGAUAAAGGGUAUCCAGCAUAAAAUCUUUGCCAAAUUCAACACGGUGAUCCAUCCACCCUGGCGAGGCUUUUAUAAGAGAGCAGCCUGAUGUACCUUCUUCUAGAAGCAGCAGAUGUGAAGCUGUAAUAACUGUUGAUCACGUGAGGCAGCUGUAACCCUGAACAAUCAAGACUUGAGAAAAUUGAUCUCCUAAAAAAGUCCUUGAAGAUCAUGAGCGUAACUUACACCUCACGGGGGUAAAGCAAGUCUGGUGAAAGCUGUAAUGUUUAAGGAUCAUUCGAGUAAACUGCUUUUUAUUAUUAUUCUGGUGCUCGGUGUUGGUGGUAAACAGAAAUUACUGAUGUUUUUUCUUCUUUACAGAUAAGAAAAAUGCAGAUCUGGAGAAUUAUUUAAGAUUUUGUUUCUAUUCUGUCUUUUUUCGGACUCUUUCUGGUUGUUUUGUGUCUUUCGUUCCAUUUUGUAACCUCAUUGGAGUGAUUUUACAUCUCUGUUGUCAUUUUGUUCCUCCGCGGCCAUUUGGUGACUUUUUCCUGGGAAGAUGAAUUUUCAGGCAGCCGCUAAACUUCAGCGUUUAGUUGGAGAUGAAGAGAAGCUGUGUGAGCUCAGUUCAUUAAUCCGUCCGUGACUGUGUGCAUCUGAAUGUGUGGAUCAGCAAAAUCAUUAUUCAGUCUUUGAUUUUUCAUCUUCGCGUACUGCUCGUAUAUGAAGUCAUAUAGAUUUCAUGUAUACCAAGCCUUUUCUAUUGGUUGCUGCAGUUUUUCACACAUGAAAAAUUUCAUAUAAAAAACAAACUUCCACAUUGAG